AUGUCGAAAUUAUCCCUACAAAAUGCUAUUUUAACCUAUGAACAAUUAGAAUCUACUCCUUCAAAACUUGAUGAAAUUCCAGAAGAUCUCGAAGAUAAUUUGCGAAGACUUGGCUGUGAAAUGAUUCAGCCGCAGGUAGCAAUGGCAACUGCAAAAGUACUUUUCCAACGAUUUUUUUAUGUGGCUUCAUUGAGGAAAUUUUCUAUCAGAGAUAUAGGGAUGGGAUCUCUAUUCCUUGCUUCCAAAGUACAAGAAUCACCUUGUAAAAUACGCGAUUUGAUAAACGUUUAUCAUUAUUUGAUACGGCGUUAUCGUAAUUUACCCCCGGAACCUCUAGAAUAUUUUGGCUCGGAUGUAUAUGAAAUGAAAGAAGCAUUAACUGUUGCAGAGAUGCAAAUACUUAAAAAAUUAGGAUUUAAUGUUCAUGUACAAUUACCAUAUGGAUUAAUGGUAAAUUAUUUGAAAGUAUUGGAACUUACAGAACAUGAAACUAUUCCACAAAAAGCUUGGGGAUAUUUAAAUGACGCGCAUGUAUAA